AUGCCGGCAAGUACUAGAUGCGGUUUUGACGGUCACGAAAGCGACGUUUACAUUCCUACAAAUACUACUCCUUCACUAUUUCUAUACGAAGCCAGAAUUCCGGAAGACAGUCCAUGCAUUGAUAUUAUCAUAGCGCAUCUUCUGGGAACAAAUUUAGGGUUGUGGUUUUGGACUUUGUGUUCUGAUGGGGCCAGCGAGAUGCCGAAAGGCCCUUUGAAGGAUUAUUUUUCUCCGCUUUUCGUCGAAUAUUUGCUGCUCGCUGCAAGUUUGUUGUAUCAAAUUUGGAAAGAUUCGUUGCCGGGGGAUGCGAGAAUGACUUUACUGGAACGCCACUGUAAUAUACUUGAAAAUAGUAACAGUCGUCAUUUCAAUACUAUGAACGGAAGCAAUACAGCAAGCAAUACUUAUAUAAGGCCAAGACCACAUAAUCCAAGCUCAGGGUCCGGUGUGAUUAUUGGCCUUUUCUUUACUGCGCUGUUUUUCGUUCUGGUUGGAUUCGCAAUUGGAUUACCAAAACACACGGACAUUGAAGGUUAUCACGUGGCAUAUUCAAUUGGGGUCUUCAUUCUAUACCUUGCUCAAGUAAUAGCAUGCUAUAUCUGUCAACUAUCUUUGCAGUCCCACCAACACGACCCCGAGAACUUUUCACUUGACCAUGAAGAAAUCUUACUGUAUUUUUCUCUGGUAGGAAUCGUGCUCUGGGAAGGCUUUCAUGCUUACAGCUUAAUAUUAUGUGGUUUUACAGUGUUUGAUUUUGGAGGGGACAUUUUAGCCAUACUUCAACACUUGUUCCAAACAGCGACCAUAAUCAAUCUCCGCCGACAUAAACGCAUGCAAGGUCGGUGCGCUGUAUGGAUUUGUGAUGGCGUGUUGUUCCUGCUGGUAACUAAUCUUACCUUCUGGGUCCAGGAUUCGUUCUUUAUUAAAGUGGACAUCACAACACCGGGCGAAAGAUUUGUACAAAUGCAGCACGAUUUGGGAACUCUUGGAUAUAUUCUCCAUCCACUCACUAUAUUUUACAGAUUUCAUUCCUCGGUUUGCUGCGUAAUUGCGUGGGAUGCUUUCAGAAAUAAACAAGAACGGUUUGUUGGCGCGUAG